AUGGCCUCCACUACCAGUAGUGAUACUAAGGCCGUGUCCAGCAAGUGCCGGCUGGCCGAGAUAGUGCAAUACAAGUGCGACAUUGAGGUCGGAAAGCGCAGCGAGCCACAGGUGCAUUGCUGGCCGGUGCCACGAAUCUUCAGGAUCUGUCCUGGACGACCGGCCGUGGAGCUGACGCGCUUCGUGGAAAUGGACAUGAGCACCGGUGAGAUAAGCCUCCCGUCGGAUGCGAGCCAACAGCUCCCGAAAGGCAAGCCAUGGCGAGACAUUGCCCGGUACGAUGAGAAGGUUGCCGUAUCGACGGGUGAGAAGGCUUGA